AUGCAAAAUAUUUUUCCUGCCCGUGAAUUGUACAACUCCAAUCCUUGGUAAGCUGCUCAGGUUUAUUUUAACUUUAUUUGCAUUCGUUGAAGUUUCUGGGGAGCUUGUUGGUCUCUAGCUACGAGCUAAAUUCAAUUUUUUCGUCGCGCGUGAAACCCACAAAGCUCAUUCAUUAAGCUUUCGACAUGUUUGCUUUGAAGUUGAACGAAGUGAGCUUAAAUUUUCGCAGUUUAUUAGAAUAACCUUCACGUUAAAAUAAGAUGUGCAAGUUGCAUAUAGCAAUUAGCCGGAAAAUAUGGAAACUGCUUUCACACCAGGAAAUUUCUGAGAUCUCUUCAUUACUUUGUUCACGAGGGAAAAUUUAAGUCGAUUUUCACAUUAUUUACCGUCAGUGAGGUGUUAAAAGACAGUAGAGCAGAGACAGGAAAGGAAGUUUUCUUGUCUUAAUCAUUACAAAUCUUUUUGUUUUUCAGUCGAGAGAUGUGGGACAGCGAGCAGUUAAGUCAAAAUUUCGGUUCGUGUUCACAGGGUUCUCAAAACAGCUCAACUGAUCUAUUUUCACAGUCUAAGAUGAGCCAACAUAAGGGGUUUGGUUCCAUUGAUGUCUGGUCACAACCAACAAAUUCACAAAAAAUGCCUGAGGUAUGUUUAUCUGGAGACAGAAAGACUUAAAUAUGACUUCUGUUCGAAAACCACGCAUUUGUCACAAAAUUGAGAAGUUGAUCAUGAAGUGAACAAUGUCUGCGAUAAAAAAAUGAUUGAUUAGCCUGACUCUUACAUCGUAAGACAAACAAUUGAACGUUCAUUUAUUUACUAUCUUUUUUUUUGUCUCACCGUUUUUGGCAACGGAAUGAUUUCAUCUCAGAAGUUGGCCUUGAAUAUUUGAAAGAUCAAAUUCGAUAAACACUAUUGUACAUUGUUAACAAACUUUGUUGAUUGCUUUUACCGUACAGGACGGAUCAGUUAAGUAUUAUAUGAAGUACAUGAGUAAGCCACCCUUGUUUUCAUCUGAGUCUGAUAGACAGUUCUGUCAGCAGACUGCUGCGAGUUACAAAGAAUUGAUUGAAAGUCAAAAGAAACAAACAGCUGAGAGAGAUGGCAGGUAAGGUUAUGUUCUUUUAACCUUUUGGUCAUUUUACCAAACUGAAGAAUGAUUUAUCGAUCUUUUAAGAAAACACUUCAAGAGUAAUAAGUAGUUUCAAAUGAAACUUCGAAUUCAACUUUUUAGAGAGAAGUUUUUGACACUUCAAAUUACUACAAAUUGUGAUUGUUCUAAGCCUGUCAAACAAAUGAAAUGCAAGCUAAUGUUUUAGAUAAUAGUUUUUAAAACCAUUUGACCUGUGAGUAUAAAAAUAAAUAUUUUAAUUUACAAACUAAAGACUUAAAAUGAUGCAUAACUUUGCAUCAAAAGAAUAUAAUCUCCUGCCUUACGGCCAGUCUUUCUGCCGUCACAUUGUUUACAAGUGUCAUGCCUGCUAACCGAGUUGGACUCAAACUUUCUGUAAACCUCUAUGUAUUGCUUCUCGCAGGGAUGUUCUAGACAGUUUUAUAUCUCUACUCAAGGAUUACACAAAAGAGGUAAGAGAGCAUUCAUAGUUAUUAUAGAUCAGGUUAAUAUAAGUUCAGAAUCAGCAGAGGCAUAGUAGAAUCACAAAGAGUAUCCAUCCUUGAUCCUUGGUGUAUAUCUUUAGAGUAUUUAAACUCAUUCAUGAUUAUCAUUAUUAUCACUAUCAUUUAUUGAUAAUGGUAAUAGUGCAGUCCAAUUCGGUUUGUAAUCGUACAAGUAAUUAACAAAAUCGGAUGACCAAUCAAUCAUAACUAUUACAAUUUCCAAAAAAAAAUAUACCUUUACGACAAACAUCUACAAUUACACUGUCCAAUUACACUGUCCAAUUACACUGUCCAAUUACACUGUCCAAUUACACUGUCCAAUUACACUGUCCAAUUACACUGUCCAAUUACACUGUCCAAUUACACUGUCCAAUUACACUGUCCAAUUACACUGUCCAAUUACACUGUCCAAUUACACUGUCCAAUUACACUGUCCAAUUACACUGUCCAAUUACGACUUUACAGAAUGAUUAGUGAAAAACAAAGCAGCUAAUGCACCAAUCAUAUUUGAAGAAAUUGUAAUGGUUAGGAUUAUUGUUGUAUUUGUUUUUCUUAUUGCUACUAUUACCACUAUUGUUAUUAUUAUCAUUAUUACUAUUAUUAUCAUCAUUUUUAUUACUACAUACUAUGUAUAUCGAACCUAAAUUACAUUUAAUUAAAGAAUAAGUUGCUACUAUAUCGAUUCAGGUGAAAGCAGCGAUGGAUUCAUUCAAAGACAGCAUUGAUACCACACUUGCCUCCAAAGCUGAACAACUUGCCUCCGCCGCUAGUGAAUCAGCAGAUCUGAUUAAGAAAUGUAAGUAACCAUGCGAUACUCUGUGUUUUUCGCUACCGUCUUCACUCGUGUCGUACUUACUGAAUGGUAAGAGUAAUGUGAAUUGUUCUAUUUUCUUUAGUGAAAGAUGACUUGCUGGAGGGUUUUGGGUGUCUUAGGAAGGAUAUGAAAGAAAAUGAAGAGUUAAGAGAAAUCAUAGCCAAGGUAAGGAGAGCCAAGAAUAGAGUGCACUUUCUUCAUUAAAAUUGAUAUUAUUAGUAACGCUGUUUCCUUUUUUGGUGAUCAUAGUUGUCAGGAGAUGAGGCCUUGAACCUUACCUUUUCGUGAAUAGACAUAUCAAUAAAAACUUGCUUAAAAAUACAAUUUUCGCAAGGGUCGAUGAAAAUGUUGCCGUUGCAUUCCUUAACUCUCAGAAUAUCCAUAGCAAAUUGACGACUAUCGGUAUUACGAGUAAAGUAGGCAACGCCAAAUAUCAAGAGAACACGAACUGGCCUGCUGUGAAAGCUUUUCUUAGAUCCCUUCUCCAUUACUUUAUUUAGCAAAACAAAAAGAUCGCGGAACAAGAUUCGGAAAUCAAAAUGCUAAACGCACAGUUGGAAGAUUUUCGAAAACAUGAAGCGAAAGCUUUAGAAAAACAAGAAAAAUUUUUGGAGAGAGAAGACAAGCUGCUACAAAAGCUGGAUGACAUCAGCUGUCGGCAACAACCUCAUCCACAAGUCUCUAAUCCACUAAAUCUAAAGUCCUUCGCCAAUCAACGUCAAGCGUUUGAGCCUUUGCAGUACCCCUAUCAAACAUAUGGCGCUCAGAACCCGUCAGUCGUCGCUUUCCCUGGCCGGACACCGCUUGCUUGGGACAGUGCUGAGAUAAGUCCGUCCAGUUCUAUCCCACUGCAUCACAUUCACCCAGCACCGCAGUUAACCCUUCAGAAUCCAUCCGCCAUAGAAGCACUUCCCUUAAAUGUCCAAGUUCCAACUUACGGACAAGGUACAGGAGUAUCUGACCAUAUUCCUCAGCAGCGACAGGAUGCGGAUGCCAUAGUUCCUUUUUUGAAUACUCAGAGGCAGCCUCUGCCCUCAGCACAAAAUCACCACGUCGUUACACAUCCAACUGCUACGAUCGCUCCGAUGCGCUCUGGAUCUGAUCAGGAUCAGCGGUUUGCUAGCCCACAAGAAAAGGACAUCACAUUAGCCAUGGUAUCGAAAGGUAGUGAUAUUUAAAGUGUUGAAGAUUCUUGUUAGGAAAAAAUAUAUUUGCUACGUGAUUGGAUAGUGAAAUACACUCGCGUUUCAUUGUCAAGCUACUUAUCAGUGAAGGAUGUAUAACUCCUUCACUGAAAAGGGAUAUGGGCGGUCACAAAGUAUUGAUAGCAGCACCCAAUUGUGAGUAUUCCCCGAGAAGUAUUUUCUAUUCAGGAAGAAAGACAGUUUAUGGGUUGGGGACAUUCCCAACCUAUUUCCUCAAUCAAGCAAAAGUCAGACCACAAACAUGAUUUACUUCAAGACUAUCAUUUUUUCCGGUAAUCUCAGUUACAUCGACAUGAAAUCUUCUGUACGAGCCACUUGGACCAUGUACUUUCUUGCAAUGAGCAUAAUUUUCCCAUGUCAUGAAUUUUCAAUGUCCAUUUUGGGGCGUGGUCCUAACACACUUUUGACUUUCUUCAGAUUAAGAAGAGACCUUGAAACAAUCUGAAGAUGUUGUUUCUGUUGUAACAAAACAGAACAAAGGCGCUUAUCUUACUUCUCCGACGACUUGUGCAGCUUCUAAUCUUACAAAAACAGCACGGCCAAAGCAGUCCCCUGUAGUUACCGUGCAUCCACAGGUUCGUAUCAAGAAAGAAGAUGAAAAAGGAAAGAUGAAAGGUACAGGGAUUGACCUCGUAUGCACAAGCUUUUACCUCAAAGGUUUAUUUAAAGAUCAAAACUACCAAAGGCCAAUCCUUAUCAAAUUUCUAACAGAGAAUUUCCUUCAAUCCGAGUUAGGCGAUCAUUUGCAAAUCUCGAUAUAUCAUAGCUCUUUAAAAUCAAAAGAAAAGGUUUUCAUCGCAAAAAGGGAUGCACCACAGAGAGGGUUUUUGGCGUCAGCGUUUAUAGACUUCUCUUCUGGUCCAGAACAAGUUAACAAAAUCCACUGUUGUCAGGUUUCUCCACUUGCGAGCUUUUCCAUCCUGGAGACAGCUUAUGAUAAUAGUAUGCAUCUCUUCUACUGAUUCGCCUUUGAGAUUAAUUUAGCUUUGAUGAAAGGACGCCUUAGUCUCAGAGCUGACUUCUAAUCCGAUCCGGUUUAUGUUCAGCCUGUCACCUAGACGGGGCCUAACAUUUUUUAUUUUCUUUCCGUCGCAGUAAUAAUUCCUGGAUCCCCUUGCGCUAAAAAGGCUCGAAAGCAAGACCCUUUAGACAUUUUUGUCUUCAACUUGACAAGUUCUCCAGAUAAAGGAAGCUUUGAUGCUCAGAAAAUUGACGUCAGUUCAACAAAGAAUGUCCCUGAACAACCAGUGAAAGUACAUGCAACGAGAUCCAAGAAAGUGAAAAUGCAAGGGUCAAAAAAAGAUACAGACUAUGUUAAGGAAGUGGACCAAAACAGAGGAGGUUCGACACAAGGCAACUUGACCUUCAAAGUGGUAAAAGGAAAUUCAAGUGAUUCCAGUUUGCGCGGAAGAGUAACUCCCGCCUUGAAAAGUAAGGAGAAGAAUGGUACAGAUCACAAAUCUCGUGGACGCAGUGACACUUCUCCUAAUUUUCAAAGCAACACACCAGACCGCCCAGUCAAAGCCAGCAUGGAAAAUGGUGUACCACGAUCCAAAGAGGCGCAACGUGUGUUCCAGGUAAUCAAACAUUGCCAGCUUUCUGACCCUUCGCGAAACGGAGCACGGGUGUCAUAUGAAUAAAUUUAGUUAAACUUAACGUUCUUUUUAAGGAACUCUUUUAUUUUCGAGAUAGAUCGUUAUUAAAUUCCGUGUAAUAGGCACUACAAAGUGUGUUCAUCGAUACGAUUCAUAGAAACACACUUGAUUUUGGUCUGCUGGAUUGAUAUAAGAGAGUUCUUUGCAGUAUAUGGCUUGAUCAAAGUUAAGAUGGCGGCUAUCAUUUUCACCAAGAUGAUAAUAAGCACUCGCCCGUCAAAAUUAGGCCUGCCUAGCAGGCUAGGGUCAGGGACUGUUGUCGGUAGUGGUUACGACGACGUUUCUAUGAUACCUCAACCAACCUUAUAUGUUACUCUACUGAUAAAAGUUUGUUGAAUUCUAAAAUAAUUUGCAACUUUUCAUUUCAGAGGUCCAAGAUGUCUUUUAAGCGAAACCUUGUUGCUGCAAAAAGAGUCUUAUCCUUUGAUGCGUCCAUAUUUGUUGGUUGGUGAUAUUCGAAUGAAAUUUGUUACAUUGAUUAACCAAAAGGAGUGCUGUAUCAAUUUGAAUUGAUUCACUUCUAGGGCGUACCCAAAAUUUAGCGAAGGUUAAAAACACUUCAGAAAAAAUCGUAUAGCCUGUUGGAAAGCUAGAAAUUGUCAACCCUGGUUUAUUUUCAUUCAAUUGAGGUCGAGUUCCUCUUUUUUUGCCGAUACCUGAAUACCCUUUCGUACGUAAACUUAUGUAAAAUUUUCAAAAAAAGCAACGAAAAAGAGAAAUCUUCUCCCCUUUUCGAAAUUCUCAAGUGAUGGGUUAUUUUUGUACUUGGGGAUUUCCACUUUUAACAGUAGAAAAAGAACUGUCACAUGAGCUGAAGUAGAAACUGUUGCAGUUGAGCCCGCAUUGAUUUCGACCACUAGGGUGUGGUAAGCUGCACUUUUUCCAUUUUCAAUAUUCGAAGAUUAUGGCAAAAAAAAUUUUUAACUGAAAAGAAUCUAUGCCAGUCGAUAUCCUCUUCUGCCAGUAAAGAUUUCUUUAACAGCAAACGGUUGCGAAGCUUUUUGGCGCCUUUUAUGAGAACUUUAACAUUCAAGGAAGUGAGCGAGGUAAUCAUUUUUUUUGCAGGUUUGGAAGAAGAUGAAAAUAUACAGCAAAUCACUGAGAGCAUCCGUAAGCACACUCAAAAAAGAAGAGCUGCCAAUGUAUGUUAAUCACGGAACUUCUUCUCAUCCGGACAAUUUUUUAGCUUGAUUUCUGCUCGCCCCGGAAAAGUAGAGCGCUUGCUCCAUGAAAAAAUUUAUUUUAUUACUUAUCAUAAAUUCUAUUCAAAGAAACAUAUUUAAAUAACAUAUUUAAAGACAUACAUAUGUUAACCUCUAAACGUUCAGAAAUAAAUUAGAAUUUCAAAUGUAAUUUUAAAGUAAACUUGUUACUUUAGAGACUGGAAACUAAUUUUCAAAAAUGCACCAAUCAGCGCGCGCUAUCAGCUGUUUUGGCUACCAUAAUGACGUCGAUAAGUAACAUUCGAUUGCUUACCUUCUCGGUUAAACUGCGGUGAAAUCAGCCCAUUACUAUUUGAUACUAGCAAGUGGCACCAACGAACAAAACUUACCCAGAUGGUAUCGUUAACAAGCCUUGGGCUUAAGCUCAAAUCGAGAGAUUCGCCGCCGGCAAAGGCAGAUUCUGAUGUAGUUUGCGAGGCGUUGAUGAUGGAGUUGGAGUGUCAAAUCAAAGAGAUCGAGAGGAUUAACCGAGAAGGGGAAAGAGAAAAGAAGAGAAUGGCGAACAUAGCGGACUAUUCUUGGCUCAUAUCGACGCCUCAAAAAUCGUUUGAAAUUCCUCAGAUGGAGCGCCUUGCUCUUGAGGAGUUAGCCUCAAAAGUUCGACCCGAGGACAGUGGGAACGUAAUUUCUGAGUUCAGAGGUAUUGUUGAAGGUAUACCGCGAGAAGUUAAAGAGAUACCCCAAGUUAUGCGAUGUAUAAUCGAUAAGCAUUUGUUAGAGGGAUCGCAACAUAGCGAGGAGUCGACAUUUCGAUGGUUAACGCGUAGCAUGUCGCAGUUAAGAACUUUAUCGAACCACACAUCAGGGAAAGUGUACCCGGCUACAGACGACCUUGAACUUCAAGAACGUCCUGAACCAAGGCGAGUGAAAAGUAUGUCUGACUUCUCCCGUUCGAGAGAACUAAAUAUGUCCGUAUAA